AUGUCAGCGAACGACAGAGACAGCAACAACAGCUUGGAACGCGGUUUCGCAAACGAAGACUUAAUGGACCGUGCUGGCAAGGAGAGUCAAGAGAGACGUAAGGCCGCGAAACAAGAAAGGGAGAGACAAGCAGAUAGAGCAAGGGAAGAGGAGCGGGCAGCAGCUGAGCAGCGAAAGAAGUACGAGGAGGGAUCAGCCGCUCUUGAGGCGGGGAAAGCAAGCCAAGACCGACGCAAAAGAGGACCAAAGUACCAAUAGUACUAAAAAAAGGUCCACCAUUGAUCGAACGGCAGGUCUCCUGUUGAUUAAGCGUUUGUGGAAAUGGGUCUGUUAGGAGGGGUUCUGACUGAGAGCUUGGUAUGAUAUUGGGGGAAGUUGAAGUGCUUUGGUAUUUACACAGAUGAAGAGCCGGCUCUUAUCUACCACCGUCGUUCUUAGAUUUCUUGAUUUGAAUAAGACUCUCGUUUGAACGCAGAUUUCAUCU